GAGAGAGAGAGAGAGAGAGGAGUGGUGGAUGGGAGAGAGGGGAGGAGGAGGGAACAGAAGACAGAAUGUAGAUGACAAGGGGAAAGGGACUGUGAAGAAGGAAGGAGCUGGAGAGACAGAAAGUGCCUCUCUUCAGAAGGACAAAGAGGAGUGUGUGCGCAGCGGGUGGGGGGCGGGGCAGGGAGGCACCCAGCCCUCCUGGCCCCAGCCCUCCUCCUCUAGCCUAGCUCUGCGAUGCUGAUGCCGCUGCUUGCAGGGAUGCGCGGAGAGCAGGCACCUGCUGCUCGCUAAUGAUUCAGCCCCUCGCAGCCUCUGUCCGCUGCUGAAACAGACCAGGAUGCUGUUACCACUGCCAGUGCUGCCGCUCCCCUCGCUGCCUCCGCCGCCGCUGUCGCUGCCGCUGCCGCCGCUGCCGCUCCUUCUGCUGCCGCCUCUCCUGGCCCCGCGGCCGCUCCUGUUCUCAGGGUUUUGCCUUUUGCUCUUCCUGAAUGCCAAUUGUUUUCCUCCUCAAAGCAGACCCCAGCCUCUGAUGGUCCAGGUGAGAGCCCUGUCUUUUGCACUGGGCUACUACUGGUUUACUUAAUUGAACAGCGCCUGGCUGGUGUUUUGCUUUGCUUUCUCCCCCUCCUCCCCCCUUGAUUGCGUCUUUGCCCUGUUCCAGAGCAGAGCCAGGAUGUUCAGAGGUAUUUACAGAAACUAGAAAAGUGGCCCAGGAACAGACACUGGAUAAUUGCUUAAUCACUUUCCUUUCCUAGUUGUCAGGAAGAGUUUUUGCUUUUCUUCUCUCCCCCCCUCCCCAAUUUUCUCUUCGACUCCUGAUUUGGAUCAUGGUCUUGGCCAAAGACAACCUAUUGAUUUCCCCCUCUAAGAUGCUGUCUCAUUUUGUUGGGGGGGGCCCUGCCUGGUGGUGAGAGUCCAGGCCUCUUGGAAGUGAGCCUGUAGAGACGGGAGCUUCAGACAUGUCGGAGGGAGCUGCAGAGAGUUGUCCCAGCCCCUCCUCUGAGCUGAGUCCAGAUCCAUCUCUGGAUGGGCUCCCCACAGCUGAGGCAAUGCCAGGGGCCCAGGCUGAGGAUGGGGGAGAAGGGGCCAUUGUGGGCCUGGCCAUUCCCUGCUGUGUUUGCCUGGAGGCUGAGCGCCUGCGGGGCUGCCUCAACUCUGAGAAGAUCUGCAUUGUGCCCAUCUUGGCCUGCCUGGUCAGCCUCUGCCUCUGCAUCGCUGGCCUCAAGUGGGUGUUUGUGGACAAAAUAUUUGAGUAUGACACCCCUACUCACCUUGACCCAGGGAGGAUAGGCCAGGACCCUAUCACUGCUGUGGAUUCUACCGCUGCUUCUACCAUCUGGGACCCCUCACAGGCUUAUCCCUCACCUUCUUUCCCUGGGGCCCACCCGGAAGCCAAGGGCCAAGUCCAGGGUGUUACAGUGCAGGGUGGCAGCUCCCGAAUGCCCUCUGACUCUUUGGCCCCCUCAUCCCCACCGAACCCCUCAUUAGCCUUCUCUCCACUGCCUUCUGCUGCACCCUCCUUCCCUCCACCUACCCAGGACUCUGAGGGGAGAGCAUCCAUGACUACAUCACAGCCACCAACCACUGAAACGAAUCUCCAAAGUGCUCCAAAAGUUUCCACCUCAACAUCCACAGCUGGGACGAGCCAUCUUGUCAAAUGUGCUGAGAAGGAUAGGACUUUCUGCGUCAAUGGAGGGGAGUGCUUCAUAGUCAAGGAUCCAUCCAACCCCUCCAGAUACUCAUGCAAGUGCCCAAAUGAGUUUACUGGUGAUCGUUGCCAAAACUACGUAAUGGCGAGCUUCUACAAGCAUCUUGGGAUUGAAUUUAUGGAAGCUGAGGAACUCUACCAGAAAAGAGUGUUGACCAUCACUGGCAUCUGCAUUGCCCUCCUGGUAGUUGGCAUCAUGUGUGUGGUGGCCUACUGCAAAACCAAGAAGCAAAGAAAAAAGCUUCAUGACCGACUUCGGCAGAGCCUUCGUUCAGAACGCAACAAUAUGGUGAACAUGGCUAAUGGGCCUCACCACCCGAACCCGCCCCCGGAGAAUGUGCAGCUGGUCAAUCAGUACGUAUCAAAGAACAUCAUCUCUAGUGAACACGUUAUUGAACGAGAGACAGAGACAUCAUUCUCCGCCAGUCACUGUACCUCACCAGCUCAUCACUCCAUGGCUGCCACCCAGACACCCAGCCACAGCUGGAGUAAUGGGCACACAGAAAGCAUUGCCUCCGAAAGUCACUCUGUGCUCGUGAUUUCAUCCAUAGAAAACAGUAGGCACACCAGCCCAGCUGGGGGCCCUAGAGGACGUCUUAAUGGCAUGGGAGGUCCCCGAGAAUGUAACAGCUUCCUCAGGCAUGCCAGAGAGACCCCUGAUUCCUACCGAGACUCUCCUCACAGUGAAAGAUAUGUAUCAGCAAUGACUACCCCAGCUCGCAUGUCACCCGUAGAAUUCUACAUGCCAAGCUCCCCUAAGUCACCUCUUUCUGAAAUGUCUCCACCCAUAUCAAGCUUGACAGUGUCCAUGCCAUCUGUGGCAGUCAGCCCCUUUGUGGAAGAAGAGAGGCCUCUGCUCCUGGUGACACCUCCACGAUUUCGGGAGAAGAAAUAUGAUCACCACUCCCAACAAUUCAACUCCUUUCACCACAACCCAGUUCAUGAGAGCAAUAGCCUGCCCCCUAGCCCCUUAAGGAUCGUGGAGGAUGAGGAGUAUGAGACUACCCAGGAAUAUGAGACCACCCAGGAGUAUGAGCCAGCGCAAGAACCCACAAAGAAACUCGUCAACAGCCGGCGGGCAAAAAGAACAAAGCCUGAUGGCCAUAUUUCUAACAGGUUGGAAAUGGACAGCGACAUAAGCUCUGAUAGUAGUAACUCGGAAAGUGAGACAGAAGAUGAAAGAAUAGGCGAAAAUACACCUUUCCUGAGUAUACAGACGCCGAUGGCAGCUGGCUUAGAGCCAGCCCCUGCCUUCCGCCUGGCAGACAGUAGGACUAACCCAACCAGCCGCUUUUCCACUCAGGAGGAAUUCCAGGCCAGGCUGUCCAGUGUAAUAGCUAAUCAAGACCCUAUCGCUGUAUAAAACCUAAAUAAACACAUAGAUUCACGUGUAAAACUUUAUUUUAUAUAACAAAGUAUUCCACCUUAAAUUAAACAAUUUAUUUUAUUUUAGCAGUUCUGCAAAUAGAAAACAGGAAAAAAACUUUUAUAAAUUAAAUCUAUGUAUGUAAAAAUGUGUUAUGUGCCAUAUGUAGCAAUUUUUUACAGUAUUUAAAAAUGAGAAAGAUAUCAAUGGUGCCUUUAUGUUCUGUUGUUAUGUUGAGAGCAAGUUUGUCCAGUUACAGUGAUUGCUGUUCCACAGUAUUUCUGCAAAAUUUCCCAUGGUCAGUUUUCCUGGCUUUUUGUACAUUGCAUCAUCAUGUUGAAUGGAUUUAGGAUCCAUAGGACUUACCACUGUUCUUCCUUUGGCUUAUAGUCAGAGCUCAAGUGAGUAAGAUUUGUGUUGGUUUACCCAUCCAAGCACCAUCCUCCUUUGGUAGGAAGUUUUCUUUGCUAUCAGGAUUUACAAUGAGUUACUUCUAUUUUGUUGGCCAAAGGCUUGUAUCAAUGAGCAUGGAAAUAAUAGUAGGUCCAGCAGCAUGCUACUAAGAAUUAUAGGAGAAAACAGCAUCAAGCUACAUAAAAGCCAGGAAGGAAUCUUAUGAUUGAAAACAUAAAUCAAUAUUAUUAUUCAGAAGGAAACUUGUUCUUAAUAGGAUCUAUCCCUUUUCCCCCUCCUUCCUGCUUCCCUUCUUUCUUCCUGCCUUUUUUCCUUUCUUACUUCCUUGUUUCCUCCCUUCUUUCCAACCUUCUUUCCUCCCUUCUCUCCUUCCUUGUUUCCUGCCUGCCUGCCACCUUCCUUCCUACAGAGAGAGAGGGCUUUUGUUAUUUCUUCAGGAAUGGGAUCUUGUUGACCAUUGAAAUGAACCCAAUCCCUGAUAAGAAUACUUGCUCACACCUGCUCUCAGUUUCUGGGGGAAUGAAGUAACAACUCAAACAGUUAGAAACCAAAUCCUAAAACAAUAAAAGUUCAAUCUUUUUUUGACUUGGAAUUGAGGAUUGGUGAUCACUUCUCAGCUUAAAAUGGGAGGGGCACUAAAGAAUAGAAAGCCCCAGACAAAAACAUCUAUAGUGAUGCCUAAGUGAUAUAGAAGAUGAAAUGACAACAUGUGACCUCUAUAGUGACAUUUCUGAGAAUAUUCCCUUGGUUGAGAGGUUAAGAAGAUACAAGAGGAGGGAAUGAUGCUAAGUUAACAGAGGGCAAAAAAAAAAAAUGACUGAAAUGAUCAACCAUUUUUGCUGCUAACUUUCUUGCCAUUAAUCUCCUUCUCCCCCCCCCUUAUUUUUCUCUAAUCAACAUUGGAUUGAGCCAGCCCCCAAUUAUGCAUGUUGAUUUUUGUCAAGAACAUGCAAAUGUGCAUGUGACAUGUGACACCAUUGCAGGGGGGUGGUUCCAGUGUUUAAUAUAGCACCUUUCAAUAUGAACCCCCAGGUAGCCCUGAGGUCUUUUGCAAUAUGGGCCAUGAAUUCCUCUUACCACCUCCAUCAGAUUUCUUUCAUCCUCAUUUCCCUGGCAUAAGGCAAACCCUCAGAUAGGGCUCCAGUUUGUGGAUGUGUUCCUGGGAUGACAACAGAAGAAUGGCUUUAGGUAUUGACAUUCUGAAUUAAUAAUUUGUUCAUUUCAGGGAGAUAAAUGGGAUCACAAACAUCCAUGUGCCUUGUUCUACACCUUUUUGGGCUAACCCAAGCUCACAGAUCCCCUCCACAUUUAAAGGGAGCCCUACUACUUACAGUGGGGUCACAACAGGGAACAACAAAAAUGGAUUAUUAGUUGCUUCAGAGUACUGAGGAGAAAAUGUCAACCUAAAGCAAGCAAGGACCCCAGGAGAAGGGUCAAAUCCUAUGUGUCAGGAGAUAUGCAUUAUGAAAUUUUAUUUGGAGGUGAAUUAAAUAUAUAUACUCACCCAAAAUAGUAAAACAAAUACAGAGCACCAGAUGGGGUUGAGAUAUAGAAAGCAAAUGUAGGUGCUUUGGCCAGAUAUGUUGGAUAGGGAAAGAAGACUGAGCAGAGUUACUCAGAAGAGCAGCUCAAGGAGCAACUAACCAUGUCUUUAAACCUUUUGGUAAGGUAAGGAGAUGGCAGACAGCAGGAUCUUGAAAUUGCCUCUAGCCCAAAUUGCUGGAAUCUCUUUGCUUCUGCAUCCCACUUUUCUUUGUUCAACAGCAUCUCUGUUGGUUCAUGUACCAUAAGGAUUCCUUGGACAUACAGAAUCAGCUCUACUGAGGUCAUUAGACCUUGAAAAGAUGAAAGAUUUUGAUAGGGAAAAAACAAAGAUUAACCCCAAAGGUUCCCACUCCUAACUCCUUCAGUGAUGCCUUGGCAGGAUCUGGCAAAUGUUCUGCCCAUUCCCAUGAGGGAUUUCCUAAUACUACCUUAGACCUUAAUAGAGCUGUAUCAAAGCCCUAGACCAUUGUGAUCAUGUGAUGCUCGUGUCCUGGAUAUACCAGCCAGCAAACCCAGGCAAAAUCCAUUUGACUUGCCAAACUGCCUAGAAUAUUCAGCAUUCUUCCCUGAAGUGGCCUAUGAGGUCCACAGCUAAUCAAUGUCUUCUGGCCCCAGGAUCAAAUAGAAUCUCUCUUGAAAAAGGCAAAGUAAUUGAGUCUGCUGCAAGCAUAGAGGCCACAUCCCAAGAAUCGUCAGGGUGUCCCUGUGAUGUUCAGUUACUGUUUUGCUCUUUUCUCCUACAACAAACUCAAUGCAGCAACCAUCUGCAAGGGGAGAGGGAGAGAACCAGCAUCCCUGGCUUGCAUCGACCUACCCCGUAUCUGUGUCAAUGCAAUUUGCAUGGGACCUCAUUAAAACUUGCUCCUUGGGAGUUUAUUAUAACUGUACCAAUCCCAUCAGGGAUUAAUCAAUAAAAACACUUAUCACACACCUACUGUGUGCAGAGCAUACAGUAGACUACAUGGGUAUGCAAUGGAAUGUGGUAUAUGCAAAACGCCCUUUCAGUUAGAGUCCCCAUUUUGUGUUCCUUGCUCUUGCUCCCAGAUGUGGUUUGUUAAAAAGCAUUGCCACAUGCUUUCUCAACCCAAUGGCCAGCUUUGCCAGGGAUAUGUAUGAAUGUUCCCCAUCAAUGGAAUGGCAUCUCUGGUCUCCCUCCAUAUGUAUGUGGAGCAUGCCCCAGAGGGCCUGCUCAGGGACAAUGUUUCCCUUUGUGGCCUGUGGUUAAGAGGUGACAGAAGCAAAAUCUGGUUUUGCCCCUGGGUACUGGUGAGGCAAACAUGGAUUUCCCUUGUGCAAAGACCUUUGGAAUGCUGCGGCAAAAUGCUGACAAACUACAAUGGCCACAUAUCACAACACCUAGUCUAUAUUCUUUUGUAAAUACAUAGUGUACAUUACUGAGAUGUUUCCUUAAAUCACUCACUAUCCUGAGUUAAAGUCUGUUUGUACUCUCUCAAUUUCCUGUCACACUGUAAAUAAUCCUGACCUUUACUAUUUAUAUUCAAUCAUUUAACAUCUAGAGAGAGUCAAUUUCCUAUGAUUUGUGAGAUGAAUGUCAAAAAUGUGUUUCAUUGUUUUAUCUUUUUAAAUGUAAUGUAUCCUUUUAUUUCCAUUUAUUAUUUUUUUCUUUUUUUAAAAGAGUAAUUUAUUGUUCAGGAGAAAGAAUGUAUCUGUAAUGGAAAGUGUUUGAAGAAUGCACAUUUGAAGGCCUAGAGGUACUGAUAAACUAAAGAAGUGAUUAUCCCAAAUACCAGGCCAUCAGGAAUUGUGGAUUUAUUUCAUUGUCCAUGAGUCAGCUUUUUGAAGAAAUUCACACUCAUUGUAGAUGCGGGCUUGGGGUUUAGAUGCUACACCACCAGGUUAGGAGACUAGCACCUUGGACAGCCUCAGCUGAAAAUCCUGCUUAGGUUUAAUUUGGAAAACCCUCUUGAUGACAUAUAGUAUCAUUUCCCCUGAUGCUCUUAUCCUGUUCUUUCAUUGUCUACCUUCCAUUACUCAUAGUCCCCCAACUUUUUUUUUAAUCUAUAAUUAGGAUUCUAGAACCUCCUCAAAGAGGGCAUCUGGCAUUACUGAAUUACA